ACCUAAAGGGUCUGUCACUUUCGUUCAUUCUCCAACCCUCUCUGGUUCUCCAAUCCUCCAUCUUUGUAGCAGCCUCGAAGCCGCACAUCGUCACCCACUCGCAAGUAGAUCUUUUCUUCUCUUCCUCACUCCCUGCGGCAGGGCAGCCACACCCAUCCCAACUCUUCUCCGUCUUUGAUUUCUUUCUUCAUCCAUGCCAAAUCUACAAUAUUUAUUCAUUUGCUUUUGAGUUUUCACAUAUUCAUUCUUCUUCUUUUCUGGCAGAAAAAUUAGUUGGGUGAUUGCAGAGAUGUAAGUAUGUUUAUGUUUCAAAAGCUUUGGCUUCCAUUUGCAAAAUAUGUAUUAUCGCCUUUGCAAAAUUUUUAAACCAACUGUUUCAGUUUGAGAUGAAAAUGGGAAGUCAUGGAUAUUACUUAACUAGAAUUCCUAUCACUAGACGAUUCAGAACAUACCAUUUUUCAUUUAUUCCCACCUCGAUCCCAUUUUGCUCUGAUUCUACUUCUACCCAGAACCAGAACAAACCCAAUCAAAUUGAACAGGUUCUUAGUCAUCAGGAAGUAACAUUGAGCACCACCAAGAAACAACAUUCUAACCCUUCAGAACCUUUGUGUCAUGAAUUAGUCCAAAAGUUUCGGAUUUUACUUCAACAGGAGCGCACGGGUGCUGCCAAGAGGCUCAUUAAGUCAGUAAUUCUCUCCAAAUCUCCUUUCUCAUCACCUUGUGAUCUUAUUGAAGUUUUUUCUGUCCAUUCUCCAUCCUUGAAGCAUGUCUUUUCAAAUAUGUUGUUUACGGCACUUUUGGAUCUCAAUAUGACUGAUGAUGCCAUAAGAUUAUACACCUCAAUGAAGAAAAAUGGUGUUGUUCCUGCUGUGGCUACCCUCAAUAUUUUAUUUAAACUAUUAAUGUCUUCAAAAGAGUUUAAAAAAACGCUUGACUUCUUUUCUGAACUUGUUGAAUCUGGUUUUCAACCAGAUAGUUUCAUGUAUGGUAAGGCGGUUGAGGCGGCAAUAAAACUAGGGGAGAUGAAUAAGGCAUGUGAUUUGGUCUGUUGCAUGAAGAAGAUAGGGAUUAACCCUACUGUGUUUGUUUACAAUGUGAUAAUUUCUGGCUUUUGCAAAGAGAAGAAGAUAAUUGAUGCACAGAAGAUAUUUGAUGAAAUGAUCAACAACGUGUCCCCAAAUUUGGUUACUUAUAAUACAAUUAUCAAUGGAUACUGUAAGGCGGGAAAACUGGAUAAAGCUUUUAGUUUGAAGGAGAGGAUGAAGCAUGAAAAUUUGGGGCCUAAUCUUGUGACAUAUAAUUCUUUGCUUAGUGGGCUCUGUCAGGCAAAGCAGAUGGAGGAAGCCAAAAAGCUAUUGCAUGAGAUGGAAACUUAUGGGUUUGCACCAGAUGGAUUUACCUAUAGCAUACUUUUUGAUGGGUAUUUGAGGUCUGGUGGUGGUGAAGCCUCAAUUGUUCAAUAUGAAGAAGCAAUGAAAAAAGGGGUGAAAAUGAAUAAAUAUACUACUUGUAUUUUGUUGAAUGGGUUAUGUAAAGAUGGGAAGGUGGAAAAAGCAGAAGAGAUUCUGACGAAACUAAUGAUGAAUGGAUUGGUUCCAGAUGAAAUGAUUUUUAAUGUACUAGUGGAUGGGUACUGCCGAAAAGGAAAUAUUGAUGGUGCUAUAUCAACUAUCCAAAGGAUGGAAAAUCAAGGCUUAACACCCAGUUGCAUCACUUUUAAUUCGUUGAUCAAUAAAUUUUGUGAAAUAAAAGAGUUGGACAAGGCAGAGGAAUGGUUGAGGAAGAUGAUAGGGAAGGAAAUUUGCCCUAGCAUUGAAACCUUUAACAUCCUUCUUGAUGGUUAUGGACGGGUGUGUCUUUUUGAUAGAUGUUUCCAAGUUCUCGAAGAAAUGGAAAGUAAAGGGAUAAAGCCAAAUGUAGUAAGCUAUGGAACUCUCAUUAAUUGUCUCUGCAAGGUUGGUAGAUUUGUUGAAGCUGAAGUAGUUUUUGCUGAUAUGGAUGGUAAAGGAGUUUUUCCAAACGCUCAAAUUUAUAAUAUGCUGAUUGAUUAUAAUUGCACAUCAGGGAAGAUGCAAGGUGCUUUCAAGAUUUUUGAUGAAAUGAUUGAUAGGGACAUCACUCCAACACUUGCAACAUACAAUUCACUCAUCAAUGGACUGUGCAAGUUAGGGAGGAUGAUUGAAGCAGAAAAGCUAGUCAACCAAAUUACAAACAGUGGUUUUACACCUGAUUUGAUCACAUACAACUCCCUUAUUACUGGUUAUUGUAGUUCUGGGAACCCCCAAAAAGGUCUCGAGUUAUAUGAAACUAUGAAAAAGCAAGGCAUCAAUCCUACAUUAAUAACAUAUCAUCUUUUAAUAUCUGGAUGUAGCAAGGCUGGUUUAGAUACUGUAGAGAAACUGUUCAGUGAAAUGUUGCACAUGGAUCUUGCUCCAGAUAGAGGUAUCUAUAAUGCACUGAUUUUUUGCUAUAUAGAAAACAGAGAUGUUCAAAAGGCAUUUGUUUUGUACAAAAAGAUGAUAGAUGAAGGAGUCCAACGAGACAAGAUGACUUAUAACAGCUUGAUUUUAGGAUGCUUGAGAGAUGGUAAGGUUACAGAAGUACGGAAACUUGUUGAGGAUAUGAAGGCUAGGGGGUUGACCCCUAAGGCUGACACUUACAAUAUCGUAGUUAAGGGACUUUGUGAACUUGGUGAUUAUAGCGAGGCACAUGCAUGGUAUAAAGAGAUGUUCAAAAACAAGUUUUUGUUAAAUUCCUCCGUUUGCAAUCAACUCAUUGAUGGUCUUAAGAGAGAGGGGAGGUUUCAAGAAGCCCAACUUAUUUUGUCUGAGAUGUAUGUCAAAGGACUGAAUGUCUUGAAUUUGAGUAACGAGCCUUCUGCAUCUAUGACUAUGUAGGUGAAACACGUGAUAUGAAGAAACCUAUGAACACAUAUGCUAUCACUGUGCUGAAAAAUGUUUCUACAGUGGGAUUACCUUUCCAUGGUUCAUGGCCACAACUAUUUUGUCAUGAUCAUUUCUUCCUCAUGUUUUAAAUGUGACGAUGCAGCUGUCGGGUCACUUGACAAAUGAGCUGUAUAGACUUCUUGCUGUGACGGUGAUGUGUUGCUUGCUGUAGCCUGUAUGCUUGGGUAAGGCCUAGCCUGUAUGCUUGGGUGGAACUAAUCUGCAACUAAUUUGCAACUUUUUUCCUUUCAAGUAUUCGAUUGUUCAUUCGUGUACAUUUUUUGUGGAGCCAUUCGGAUAUUUUGAUAGCAUCUAUCAUGGUGGUUGUGUUCGUCAAGACAGCAGUUGGCAACAUUGAACCACACGCCAUUUAAAUAUUGUUGGGGUCGUGCUUGCCAGAAUUGGAGAAUUGGAUUUGUUCUCCAAAGCUGUGCUCCAAAUCUUCAGCUCACCAAGUUUAUCUCUUGCACUCUCUUCAUUUCAGAUUUUCUUGAAAAAUUUAGAUCGACGAUUUUCUCUCCUUCACAUAGGAAAAGGAAGACGAUAGGUUGUUCACAUAGCACAUAUUUAGUUUUUUUCUUAGUGUGGAAUCAUAAAUAACAAUAAAUACUGGAUAUAUCAAUGAGCAAGGUGUUGGAUUAAUGUUAUUGCAA